AUGAAUCGUUUACGUGUAAUAUUGGUGAACCAAGUUUUAACCCUGACUGAAUUCACACCACAAUUACCACUGUUCUUCACGAUACUACUUUUACAAAUUUCAGUAGUUUCCAACAGUACCAUAAAACAUUAUCUUUUAAUACAUGGUCCAAUGCAUUCACAUGCUCUAAUCAAUACAACUGUACAACUUAAAUGUCGUGUUCAUUUAUUGAUUCAGAAUACAAGUAAUCUUGAAGAUAUUUAUUCAGAAAGUAUACCAUAUAGUCAUUUAAAUGAUAUACAAUUGAGAACAUCUACAUUAUCAUCUACACCAUCUAUUUGGCAAGUUAUUAAUCCAAAUUUAUUGACAAAUAAAUUAAAAAUUAUUGUUCAAUGGAUGAAAGAUGGUUUUGGAUAUGAUCGUGAUACAUUAAAGGAGACAUUCAAUGGAAGAUAUACAAUGAUUGAAUCAAAGGAAAAAGAUGUGUACGAUUUAAUUAUCACCAAUAUACAAUAUGAAGAUGAAGGUGAAUACGCCUGUCAAGCUAGAUUGGUAGAAAAGUUGGAUUUAUAUAAAGCUGUAUUUCGGCAGUUAACCAAUCAGACAAAAAGGCAGGAAAAGUCAAUGAACUCUGACCUUGACUCAUCAAUGAGUAAUCCACUUGCUCUACCAAUGAGUUUAAUUAAAAGUAAUACAGCAUACUUAAAUGUCAUUGUUCCACCAAAAUCAAUAAAUUUGAGUAUAUUAUCAUAUAGAAAUUCAAUAUUUCAAUAUUCAAUCAAUAAUAAAGAUCAAUUGAAUCAUUUUAAGUCUAUUCCAUUGACAAUGAUCAAUACAAAUAAUCAAUCAAUAUGGUUAUCUUUAAAUCAAUCAAUUGUAUUGAUUUGUAGUACAACAGUAAUGAGUAAACCAUUAGGAAAAUUAAUUUGGUCAGUGAAUAAAAAGAAUAUUUUAUUCAAUAAUAAAGAUUAUUCAUCUAUGAAAUAUACAUCAUCUUCAUAUUUAAAAGAAAAAUCAAUUUUUAAUCAAUUAAAUGAAAAUAUGAAACAUGAAUUAUUCAAUUGGUUAAAUAUAAUAUAUUGUCAAUUGAAUUAUCAAUGUCAUAUAAUGAAUAUAACACAAAAAUCAAUCAUUUUAAAUAAUCCAUUGUGUAUAGGUCAAUCAAAUGAAUUUAUUCAACUUGCUUAUAUAACAUCUGAUUUUCAUUUGCUUAGAAGUUGGUCCAUCUUAAAUCUUACUUUUCAUGGAACUGAAGCUGACAGCAUUCCAGUUAUGUGCUCAUUAGAUAAUCUAAAUGAUUACAUGGCUAAGGGUAUCAAUGCUUCAGAUAACCCAAAUACCAACCAGACUAUUUCUACUACCAACUAUCAGCAGAUAUCUCAACCGCCAGUAUUUCAGUCAAUAACUAUCAAUCUUAUGUAUAUUACCAAUGUGUAUGUGAAAAUUUACUCACUCCUGGAUAUGGUCAAUUCUUCCACUGAGACCACAGGUGUACUUAUUGAAAAUCAGCCUGUUCAAUUAGGAUGCUUCUAUGAAAAGUCGAAUGCACCAGCUGAUGCAACUUAUGAAUACACGUUUUUCAUUCAAUCAAAAAAAAAUUCAAUCCUAUUGGAAGUAAAUCCAUUUCAAAUGAACCGAUACAGUAAUGAUCAAUCACAGUCAAGUAUUUCCAACUCAUUAACAUCAUUGGUUCAAUGGUCAAAAUAUCAUUUCAUUGAAUUUUUACCUGAUCGAAAAUUCCAUGAUACUAGAGUCUACUGUCAAAUAUCGAUAAAACAGAGUAGACAGAUGGAAAACAAUAAAAAUUCCUUAGUAAUAUCACCUGAAUCAUUUCUGUUAUCUAACGAGAGAUAUCAAAAGGAUAUUCAAGUGGUUUCCUCUAAAGGUUAUAUUGAUUUAGCUGUAUACUAUGGACCGCAGAUUAAGAAUCCUGAAGAUCAGUUCUUCCUCGUCUAUCCCUGUACCGGGUCAGAUCACGAAUUAAGGAAUUCUUGUUCUAGUGGAUUACGGAAACAAAACAUAACAUUAUGGUGCCAAACAGAUUUUAAUCCACCCGGUCAAGUUAAAUGGUUUCAAUGGCGUCUAAAUGACUCAUUAUUGUAUAUAACAAAUGGACAAAGUUUUCAACUGAAUACAGAACAAUUACAGACUAUAUUGAAUCCUGUUGAAAUUAAUUCUAAUAAUUUAUGGAUUAUUGAUAAAUAUUUUAUGGAAAAUGUUUCUUCUUAUGAUAAACAGUUUACUACAAGUGAAUACUUUCAUCUAAAGUUUUGGAAGUUUACAUGUAGUGCUGUUAAUUCAAUAGGAUUUUAUAAUCAUUCAGCAAAUCGAUUCAUCAUACAAGCAGAUAAACCAUUUCUAUACACUCGUCUAAAAGUUUAUGGAUUACUAGGCAAAUCAAUAAAUCUUGUAUGUUAUAUAAUCAGUUUUCCAAAACCAAAUUUUAUUUAUUCAAUAUGGUCAUAUAAUGGGAAAUAUAUUACCAAUGAAAAAUGGAGUAAUCAUAAUAAACCAAUAGUUCUUAAUUCAUCCAAAUGGUAUUCACAAAUCUCCACUUUUAAUAUGCCUAACUCAAACUUCAAAUAUUCAAUCAAUACUAAGGAGUAUUCAUUUGGAUUAAUUAGUACAUUAAGGGUAAAUAACUUGUCGGAGAGUGAUGAAGGAAACUAUGAAUGUUCCAUGACAAAUAUAAUCGGUACAAGUUCAUCUAUGAUCACUUUAAAGCUUCAUAAUAAAUACACUUCAAACGGGUUUAUUCAGACACUUUCAAUAUGUCUACUAUUUGCAGUAAUUCUCCCUUUGGCAGUUAUCAUCAUCUUACUGUAUAUCCGAAGGACAAAUGGACAUUUUCGACAGUACAAUAAAUUUUGUACAAGAUUUCGAUUAAAAUCCAAUCGAAAAAUGUGCAAGACAAAUCAAAAGGGUGGCUACAAUCAAAAGUUUGUUGACUCAAACCUGAAUGGGUAUUGUAUGGGAGUAGAUUUUUCGGAGUUUAUACAAAAUUUACUGACAGAUGGAGUAAAUGAUUCUAAUGAAUCACAUCAACCAUUGAAUCAGCCUAUGACGGUUGAUCACAUGAUUCCUUUACAUCAGAAAUAUUGUAAUCAAUUCCACGAUGAUGAUGUAACCAGUGAUCAUAUUGGAAAACAUGGUCAAUCAACUGAACAAGAUAUACAUUGCUGUAUACUUCAAAAUAACUGUCAACACCAUUCUAGUGAUAUCAAUAUUCCACCGGGAUCUCAUUGUCUAACAUGUCCAUAUUCAAAAAUGCUAAUUGUUGACAAUACUAAUGUCAUCCAUUACAACAACGAAAACAAUAAAAAUAUAUGCCUCCAUGAUAGUUGUCAUUCGAAACAAAUCACUUUUCAUCCUGAAAUAAAAGAAGAAAAAUUUUCCUCUAUAAUUCCUUGUUGUUUAACAAAGAUUAUGCACAAUACACUGAAAUAUGAACCUGUCCUAUACCUUGGUAAUGAUACUAUCAUUACCAAUACUACUAAUAAUAAUAGCAGUAAUCAUGAAAUGACUAGAUUGAAAAAACCGUCAAUAUUCAAUUCUAUGCAAAUAAAUAACAAUAAUACUUCUGUUGAAGAAUUCCCAUUGAAUUCAAUGAUCAAUCAAGGAGAAAAAUGGUGUAGAGAAUAUAGAAUUGAAAAUGAUUCAAUGUCACAUCAGUAUUUCACAUUACCACAUCAUUAUUCAUUACAUAUGGAUGAUUUUAUGAAUAGUAAUAAUAAUCAUAAUAAUAAUUACCAAAAUGGAUCCAGAGAUCAUGUUUAUAGUACACUGAAAUGGGAAAAAUCAAAACUUUCACCUACAUUAAAUGGAAGUACUUCUUAUUAUGGCAGGAAAUCUACUCAAAUUAGCGAUGAUAAUAAUGCGAUAAAGGAUGUUAUCAUUCAAGUGGAUGAUCUUAAAACUAAUCCAACUUGA